GGUGUUUUCAAUUAGCCCUCCAUACGGCAGCUUAUGUGGAGAAACAAGAAUGUUGAUCAGUGGAACAGGAUUCUCCCAAAACAAAUUAUCAGAAGGGAACGAAGUCCAACUGGUUUCCUUGGAGACAUCGUAUGACUGUCCAGUCAGCAAAGAUGGAACCAUGGAAUCCAUGAUAAUGUGUUAUACAGUUCCUGGCAUGAAGGAGGGUGUGUACUAUGUCAGAGUGAUAGUGGACGGUGUGCCCAUCCCUGAUGAAAACAUGUGUCAACCUGAGGGUCCCUACAGCGAUAAAUGUCUAUUUGAGGUGCGAAAACAGAACACCCCCUUCAUACAAAGUGUCUCACCCACAUCCUUUUCCCCUGGACCGGAGUCAGUAAUAGCUUUAGGGGGGAUGAUAUUCACAGACAGAUAUGGGACCAACGUAGCGGCAAGCUCUAAUGGAAAGGAGGAGACAGUGAACCGAGUUUAUGCUGGACCGCUGACGUGUGAACUGAGGAAGACUAACGAUGAACUUUAUGGACUUCAACUAGAUUCUCCAAGUUCCAAUAAAGGUCAAAUGAAGUGUAGAUACCAGGGAACCUAUAUUGGUAACUCCAAUGCAAGUUUCAUAAUUGGUGAUGGACCAUAUGGAAGAUCUUGCCGUCAACUGGAUACACUGUUGGUCAGUAUCAACAAACAGAUAUAUCAGUUCCAGACCUUCCCGGAGAUAACAGGGGUGACCCCUUCCUCUGGGAGCACUGAUGGGGGGACAGACCUAACCAUUGCUGGGAAUUAUUUUACCGGAACAAUGGAGAACACUGAAGUCUAUAUUGGAGGUGAGGAGUGUGAGAUAACAUCACUGACCAGUACAGAAAUACAGUGUACCUCACCCCCUCAGCCAGCAGAGCUACCCACACAUUUCUGUGGUAACAGGGGUCUGCUUUUGGAGAUUUGGACCAGUGGUACCAAACUCUAUACAGAACUUGCAGACAUUGAGACACUCACCAGUUCUGACACAGGCUACAGUGAACAACAAAUCGGCCAAUCUUCCUUCAGUCAUCCAGAAACCAACUAUGUCUCUCGAACUCGAGGCUCCUUCAUAGCGCCUUACUCAGGGGAAUAUUUGUUCAUGAUUAAAUCAGCAGACGCCUCUAGCCUGAGACUGAGUACGGACGGUGAUCCAGCAAACAAGGUAGAAAUUGCAAAGUGUGAGAGCACCUGUCCAGAAUAUGGGUCAUCUCCCUCUCAGACCUCGGGCAGAGUAGUACUGACUGAGAGUCAGAAAUAUUACAUGGAGGUAUUGCACUCGUAUGGAUCCAGUGGUAGUCCACUGGUUCAGGUGGCAGCCCGCUACUUUGACACAGAAUUGACCAAUCAGAGCACAGGAAUUGUCAAUAUGGAACAUCAGCUAGUGAAGGUGACGUCCACUGUUGUCAGAGAGGUACAGAGGGUAAAGAUUGAGAUAGUGCCAAUAGUUGGAAGUCAACGUAAUGAAUAUCAGGUCAUAGAGGUCACAGAACUAAGUGGUGGAACGUCUGAUGCCACAUACAGACUUGGCCUCUAUGGAGUCUACACAGAGCCCUUCACCUCUACAUCUACAAGCGCAGAUUUUAGGCGUGCUUUUGAGAACCUCCCCUGGUACAUGAAUGGUGGGGACACUGUCGGUGUACAGAUAACCCAUUCGACCUCUUCUGAGGUCAAGGUCACCAUAGAAAUCCAAUUCUUCACAGGCAGAGGAGAUAUUCCUACACUAGAGUUUUUGCAAGCAGAUGGCUCUCAGGGGGAAAAGUUAGAUAUUCAAAUCAGAGAGACGGUCAAGGGUAUCCCAUCACCAUACACAUUUGCAAUGCAAAUGGAAGGAAUCAUUUCUCCAUUAAUAAAUGAUAUAAGCGUUGUAAUACCCAAGAUAGAUGAGAUGUUCACCACAAGAUGUCCAAAGUUCCUGGGACAGACAGGAUUUUUCCAUCAAAGCUUUGAGACAAAUGGAGGAAAUAGUGGGGGAGAAUGGAUGAAUGAUCGCGAGGCUUUCUGUGGACGCGGUCUCGUCAAAAAUCCAUCGUAUUUGUACUUGGAUAAUGGUGGAUUCUAUCUCCAAGGAACUGUGAAUACUAUUUGUUUUGGUUACCAUGGAGCCAUACAGGACACUCUGACCUUCAAAUACACUUACAUGGAUGACACAAUGACCUUGAUAGAAAAUAAUUAUAAAUCCUUCACCAUCAGCAUAGGCGAGGAAUCAGAUGAGUGGAAAUAUACCUGCUUUGACAUACUGUCAGCUUUGAGUAGCUUUAAAAGUAAUGGGCAGAGCUUCAAAAUACAGUACAUUAAAUUAAGUAGAGCAGGGGAUGUAUUCGUAGAUGAAGUAUACAUCGGCCAGGGGCCAAGCACACUGGACCAGGAGAAUGUCAAUUUAUUGCGAAUGAAGCCAGUGAUGCCCAAUGGACACCGGAUACACUACACCCAGGGAAUAGACACCUCCGUUCCACCAGUAUACAGUGUGGAUAUCACUUUCUUCCCUUUGGAGUGUGGCCAUGACUUUCCAUUGUUAAGUGUUGUCCCUGAACAGACUAAUAACAUGAAAGUUGAAGUGGAGCGAAUGAGUGCAGCCUCACCCCCUGUCACAGGGACAUUCACCUUGACCUUUGAAGGACAGGAGUCUGUGGCAAUAUCUCCCAGUGUGACGGGGGAGGAGCUGAAGGAGAUCCUGAUGACAAGUGUACCCAACAUGGGAGAAGUCUACACCUACAGACACGGCGACUGUGCGAACUUUGACCUCAGUAUAGCAUUCUUGUCCAGACCAGGUGACCUUGAAACAAUUCAGUUUUCCAGCCAGCUGUCUGGGAAUGAAGUUUCGAUGACAGUAGAAACUGUGGCUGACGGCAGCUUGAACUUGGAUCCCAUUCAGGGGGACAUGUUGUGUAGCUACAGUAGCUCCCCUCAGGUGACUGUCUUUGUGAAUGACAUACCUGCUCGCUGUAGCGCAUCCUCCCCCUCCACUGGCUGCUCUUUUAACUGGGACCCCUCAAGUACCCCAAUCAUCAAUAGCUGCUCUACCAGUGGAUCUGACGUUGUCAUAACAGGAAGUGGAUUUUCAGCGAGUGUAGAAGAUGUCACAGUGAAAAUUAAGAAUGCAGAUUGUACUGUAAUUGCUGCCUCUGAGACAGAAAUAACCUGCACUCCCUCACCGCAAACACCGGCAGGGAAUCGUAAGAUAAACUUCUAUAUAGCAGGCAAAGGAAAAGCAGCCUUGGCAGAUGGAGCGUCCUGUAGGUUCUUUUCCACUUUGAAACCAAUCGUAUCAGUGACCCCUUCAAGCUGUAGUGUCGGAGGGAGAUGUUUGAUGACAAUAACUGGAGGAGUGUUUUCUGCAGAUGUUAGCAUUACCAUGAACAAUAAUGUCUGCGAAAUCAAAGAAUUCAACAAUGAUGUAAUUAAAUGCAUGGCGCCAAAGUCUACUGUAGUUGGUAGCGCAGAAUUGAAAGUAAUGGUGGAGGACCAAUCAGAAACUUCUACUGUAAACUAUGUCACGUCUCCCUUUGUGGAUGAAGCGAGCAUAACGCUCACUGAGGAAAUUAUAGAUGAAGCUCUGGUUCAUAGACUGGUUUUCAGUGGAAGUAAUUGGGUAAAUGCUAACACUGUAAAACUCUUCAUUGGCGGAAACGAAGUCACUCCAAUAACUGUGACAGGGACCUUCAAUCUAGAGGCUACUUUCGAUUUGCUCCCCUCAGGAACCUAUUCCUUAGAGUUACAAACAGAGGAAGGAAACGCAGUGGACAGUGGUGGCAAUAUUCCAAGUAUAACAGUACAAGAACGACAGAUUACAAAUGUAUACCCAGCAACUGGGUCACUGAGAGGAGGAACAAAACUUAUCGUUUCUGGGCAAGGAUUUAACACAUUAGCCCCUGUUAACAAGGUGAAGGUGGGCAGUCAUGACUGUUUGGUAAAAAGCUCCACACCCAGUGAACUAACAUGUCAGAUCGCAGACACGGGGAGGACACAUCUUGUUACAAAUGACGGAAUUCAUCCAAGUUUCCGGAUCAGUGGAUAUGCAUGGGAACCCAAAAACCUCCAGGUGAAUGUUGGAGAUACGGUUGAGUGGCGGUGGAAGUUUGCGCAGUUCAUCACCGGGAUGAAGGUCCGAGUGGUUCAGGUCAAAGGUCUUCUCUCCCAGGAGGAAGAGGAGGGAGGCUUCAACAGCGGUCCCGCCACCAGCGAAGGAGGAUACCAAUUCCAGUUUCUGGUACCUGGGACCUAUCAUUACUGGAGUGAUUUUGUAGAUUUUUACACGACAACACAUUUCUCGGGAGUUGUUGAAGUGCUGGGUGUUGAAUCAUAUUCUGCGGAAGUAAAUGUGAUGCUGAAUGAUAUUGAGUUUACUCAUGUUAAACCAGAUACCGCAGACCCUUCUCCUGCUGGGACUUGUCCGGGAACCAUUGGUGACCUAGGUUUUUGUACAACGCCAACUCCUCCAACUGGGGACCCCAACAAGCAUACCUUUGGUUUCUGGAAUUGUGCCACACCCACCGUCACUCAAAUAUCCCUAAAAGAGGGCACAACUUUUGACAUUAUAGAGAUCAAAGGUCAAGGGGUUGAUGUCAAUACUUGUGAACUUGAGGUCAAGUUUGGUGAGGACAUGUGCACUGUCCAAGGAAUUGGUGGUUCUGAAUUUUUCUGCACAGUUGACUCUGGAAAUAACCCCACAGUAGGUGUUUUGCAGGAAAUUUCUGUCCUUAUCAAAAAUAGAGGAUAUGCUUUGAUAGACAUAGAGAAGAGACUGGAUCGUUCUUUUGCUCUGUUACCAGCCAUUAGUACAGUUUCCCCACUGUCUGGUUCCACAGCAGGUGGAACAUUUGUUACUAUUUCUGGAACAGGCUUUCCCGAGGAGGAGGACAAAGUCAUUGUGUCCAUAGGAGGGUACAUUUGUCAUGUGGAAAGUUCAUCAUCUACAGAAAUAACAUGUAUAUCUUCGGCUCAAACUGUGGGAUCGAAGGAUGUCGAGGUGACAGUCAUAACUGCCACAGGCUCAGAAAUCAUGGCUGUUUGUAAACAUUCCAGUGGUUUGUGUACCUUCUUAUACUCUUCCACUGCAACUCCAGAGGUGACCGCUGUGACACCUGAUGCAAUUACCGGAACCACAGAAACAACCUUGACCCUGACGGGUUCAAAUUUGAAGUCAUUGGUAGAGGGGGCGACAGUCAUGGUUGGUGGGCAGCAGUGUGCUGUGCAGUCACAGAGUGUGGAUACCAUCACGUGCACCAUCACAAACCUUCCUCUGGGCAUGAAUGAUGUCAGUGUUGAUGUUGCAGGUUUUGGCAGUGCAUUAUCGUCCCUCACCGUGACAUCACCAGCAGCCAUAAGCAGUGUGACCCCAGUCUUUGGCAGUGUUUAUGGUGGAACCACCAUCACCUUUAUGGGAAACGGGUUCACAUCUGAUGCCACUGUUAGCAUUGGAGGUGUGGCCUGUGAAGUGAAGAGUGCUAGUUUGUCAGAAAUGAAAUGCAUAACCGGGGCUAAGGUGGCAGGAAGCUACCCAGUGAAUAUUCAAGUUGGAUCAGUCUCUUACCCACAACAAAACUUUGAAUACAGGCAAGGGAUAUCACCUGAAGUUACAAGCAUUUCUCCAAGCACUGGAGGGCAUGGAGAAACAGUCACAAUAGUGGGUCAGAACUUUGUCUCUCCUUCAAAAGUAACCAUUGGAGAGGCAGAGUGUACAGUGGUCUCAGAAACAACCGUCCAAAUUGUGUGCACCACUACUCCACAUGCAGUGGGAUCACAGAAUGUGGUGGUGGAAUCUCAGCAUGGUAUAUCCAAUGAUAAUGUCCAGUAUGAAUAUGUCCUGAGUGUCACAUCAUUUAACCCAACGUCAGGAAGUAUAUUUGGAGGCCAGGAUAUGAAUAUAGAUGGUGCGGGAUUUGAUGAAAACGUUGAAGUAAGGAUUUGUGAUGAAAUUUGCCCUGUUGACUACAACUCCCUGACUGCUUCCUCACUCGUCUGUAAGAUCCCUCCUUCAUCUGAUGGAACUGCCAAAGCAUGUGAUGUUAAGGUGAGCUCUGGUACUGUUCUUGAAACCGCUGCAGGGACAUACAACUAUGAUCCAUCAAUGACUCCUUCCAUGACUGGCCUCAAUCCCACCCGAGGAGGGACAGGAGGGGGAUCAUCCUUAACCAUCUCUGGAACAGGAUUUGGAACUGAUGAAGGUUCUGUGCUGAUAGAUGGCAGCACAUGUUCUAUUGAUUCUUGGUCAGAAAAUGCCAUCACAUGCACUAUAGACACACACGAAGAAACUGGGACCUACAAAGUUAUGGUGCUUGUACCAAACAAGGGAAUGGCUGAUUCGGGUAGUUUAGAGUUCACCUACAUAGACGUGUGGUCAUCCCCAUGGACCUGGGGUGGUGGUUCUAUUCCAGUGGAAGGGGAACUCGUGGUCAUUCGAGAGGGUCACACAGUGCUAUUGGACGUGGAUACUCCCAUACUUAACACGCUACUUAUUGAUGGAGGAAGCCUGAUUUUUGAUGAAAAGGACCUUGAGCUUCAGGCUCACAAAAUUUUGAUCACCAAGGGUGGAAAAUUGCAAGUUGGAACAGAGUCUGAGCCAUUCUCCUGGAGAGCCUUCAUUACUUUACAUGGACAUGUGCGUUCCAAAGAGCUCCCAGUGUAUGGAACCAAAAUGAUUGGUGUUCGAAACGGCUCCUUAGAAUUGCAUGGGAAGAAAAUUGUGACUUCUUGGACACGUCUAGAAAAUACAGCCAAUGCUGGUGCAACUGAAAUUGUUCUCACUCACCCUGUAGAUUGGGUUGCUGGAGAUGUUGUUGUCAUAGCAACAACCAAUCACAGACAUCGUCAGCAGGAGACGGAGCAGCACACUAUUGCUUCUGUCUCAGCUGACAAAAGGACAUUGACACUGGAGCAACCGCUGACCUACAGUCAUCUUGGGGUGACUGGGAAUUACGGGGGCCAGGAUAUAGAAUUCCGUGCUGAAGUUGGAUUGCUCUCUCGAACAAUCACCUUCCGUGGGACGAUUGAUGAGCAGUGGAAUGAUCCUAUUGAGCAAUGUCCUGAUGGGUUUGAUACAGGGGAAUUUGCAGUGCGUAGCUGUUUCAAUGGUCUGUUUGGAGAAGAGAUUGGAGUUGAUCAGUUUGGAGCUCAUAUCUUGCUUCAUGCUCCACAACCAGACUCAGGCAGUGUCCAUGCCCACAUUGAGUAUGUUGAGUUUCAUUAUGUUGGGCAGGCCUUCCGACUAGGACGCUAUCCCGUUCACUUCCAUCUGAAUGGUGACAUGACCGGGUCCUAUGUCAGAGGCUGUAGUUUCCAUCAGUCUUUCAACCGCGCCGUGAAUAUCCAUGGUACUCACAAUGUUGUAGUGGAGUACAAUGUAGCCUAUAACAUCAUGGGUGGAGCCAUGUUUCUGGAGGAUGGAGUAGAAACUGGAAACACUUUCCAGUAUAAUUUAAUGCUGUUUGUGAUUGCGAGCUCUAGUCUGCAGAAUGAUGAUAACAGUCCAGCUGCCUUUUGGGUGACAAAUCCAAACAAUAUUGUGCAGCAUAAUGCAGUUGCAGGGGGCACUCAUUUUGGCUUUUGGUAUAGAAUGCAUGAACAUCCUUCAGGGCCAUCCUUUACCACCUCCAUCUGUCCACAGAAAGUCCCUAUUGGAAUAUUCCUCAAUAACACUGUGCAUUCCAAUGGAUGGUUUGGUCUUUGGGUUUUCCAGAAGUACACGCCCCGAGCAGGUGGUUCGUGUGGUUCUGGCACCCCUGAAGAGGCUCUCUUUUCUGAUCUCACAGCUUGGAACUGUGAGAAGGGUGCUGAGAUAGUGGAUGGGGGCUCAGUCAGGCUUAGGAACUUUGUUCUUGUGAACAACAAACUAUCUGGGUACGAAGGCAAGAUGGUUUUGGAAGGCUCUCAGGUCAUAGAAAAUGCCUUGAUUGUGGGACAUGCAUCUGAACUGACUCUUGAAGAGCAAGGAUGCACAAGGGAUGGAAUUAAGCUCCCGUAUGGAUAUGGUUUUCAUGUAAAAAAUGUUAAAUUUGUCAACUUUGAUAAGGAUGGGUGUGCUGCAUUUGGAGUGACAAGAAUUACCGGCACCUGCAGUGUGAAUUGUGGUGGGUAUAGUUACACUACCGAAGGACUUACUUUUGUCAACUCGCCCAAUAGAGGGCAGUUCUUCUGGGCGUGGGAAGCAUUGAUCACAGAUUUAGAUGGGUCCCUGACAACAGAUGGUCCUUCGCCUGCAGCUGCAGGGAAAACGGUACUCCCUAGUACAGGCACUCUACCAUCUACCUGCACAGCCAUCGAUUCGUUAAGCAAGGGAUCUGCCCCAGCUGUCGCAUGUCCAAGUGAACUGAAAUAUCAUAGAUUUACAUUCAAUGGUGUUCCUAAAUCUUUGGAAGGAAAGGAUGCUGUAUUUACUAAUGCUCAUGGAAGUUCAACUCAACCCUACAGAAGCAAAGCUGUAACCCACAAGAAGGGCUGGUUGAUAGUGUUUUUGGAUGGAAUGGAAUACACUAUGGAUUUCACUGACAAUCCAGGCCAUACCAAUUUCACAUACAAAGGAAGAAUUGAUAACUUUGAGACCAAAGAUGAGUAUGUGAUAGUAAAGCAGAUUAUUCAGCAGGAACCAAGUCGCCUCUUCAUUGACUGGUCCUCGGGUCACAUUCCAAAGCCAGAGACGGCCAUUGAUGUGGCCACAAGUAACCAUGGACACUGGGAAUACUCUCAGCCACAGAUGGAGCUGAAAUAUUUAGUUCGAGGCUAUAACCCAUCCUCAGUCGGAUCAACUACUAACAGAAACAUUGGUAUGAAAUUUAAUGUAUACAAGUGCUUCUUUGAGGACUGUAAACCUCCCCCUGACCCCAACACGGUGCCCCCCGAGGAGGAGCGACCAGACGAUGCUGUUUUCUGGUCAGUGAAAGAGACGUGGAGUGAUGCAGAGGAGGGGUGGGGAGGGUACAAAGGGGUAGGGCUGUACGAUCUGCCAGUGGAUGGAGACAGUGUCAAAAUACCGAAAGACAAAUGGGUUGUGGCUGAUACCACACUACCCCAAAUGGAAAAACUGAUUCUAUAUGGUGUUCUGGAAUUGGACGAUGAUGGUGGAAGCAGAGACUUUGAGCUGCGCUGUAAAUACAUCAUCAUUCGUGGAGGAAGGCUUAUCAUUGGAUGGCCAGACAAGCCAUUCCUUGCCAACGCCCUGGUCAUCUUGGAAGGAGAUCGUCAGACAGAGUAUUUUGAACAAGACAGUGGGCCAACUAUUGGUGCCAAGGUUCUGGCUGCCUUCGGAGGUGUGGACAUGCAUGGUAUACAGAAAGGAGACACGUGGACUCGACUCGCUCAAACAGCCAAUCCUGGGGACACGCAGAUCACACUCGAGUCCGCUGUAGAGUGGAUGGUGGGAGAUGAGAUCAUCAUUGCCCCCACAGGAUACAAGCCUGAAGAAGUGGAAAGGUUUACCAUCGCUGCUGUCUCAGUAGAUACCAUGACAAUUACCCUGGACAGUCCCCUGCAGUAUAAGCAUAUCGCCCACACUCAUACAGCGGGUAGUAAAACUCUAACAAUGGCUGCCGAGGUUGGACGCCUGACUCGAAACAUUCGCUUUGAGGGAGCUGCCUAUCCAGACAUGCUGACAGAAGCCUUUGGAGCCCGUAUAAUGGUGUCCAGAAUCGUAGAGAAUGGACAACUCUACAUUGGAUAUGCCCGUCUCUCCAAUGUGGAGUUCCGCUAUACUGGUCAGGAGGGGUGGGUGGAGCGAGGAGAUGCUCGGACCUCGCUAGCGUUCGCUGAUGCCGGAACCGUCAAUCCAAUCAAGCCUUCUUAUGUUAAACACUGCUCUUUCCAUAAGAGUUUUGCCCCUGCGAUCACUGUUCAUGGGACAAACAACCUCCCUAUUGAGUGGAACAUCAUGGCAGACUCAGUCUGGUUUGCAUUAGAGACCACUAGUUCCAGUACAUUGAUAUCUCACAACUUUGUCACCAAUGUUAGAUGGGAUGGAUGCUUCAAUGGUAGAUUUGAAAGUCUGAAUGUGCGAUACAAUGGUGCCUUCAACUUGAAUAAAGCCACGAAUUUGGUGUUGGAAUAUAAUGCAGUGGGAGGAGCCCAGAGGGUGGGCUACAACAUUCUAGGGGAGGAGUGUGGUAUUACGUCAGUUUGGAAAGAUAAUGUGGCCCAUACUACACUAUUGGGGGUAGCAAAUUUUCAGCAGAUGACCGUAAUACCUGAGGGUAUGGACUGCAUACAAAUUAACAACUUUCAAGUGUGGAAGAACCUGGACUAUGGAAUAUAUUACAACAACUUGGUGAGCUCAGUUAUCGAAGGAAUCAAGGCAGCAGACAAUGGCGUAAACAUCUUCCAGUUUAUCAUUGGUCCAGCUGCUGUCCAGCACCAGUAUGAAAAUAAAUUUGCAGAAGUGGUCGAUUCUCUUAUUGUGGGAACCUCUGAUGCCUUUGAUUGCAGUACUGAUGUCCCCAAUACCAAUGACUGCAACAUUAAACUCAGCAAGCAAAGCCGAUCUCACAGUCCAAGAAGACUUGGAAUUACCAUGGCAACAUUUUCUUCAGGAGGAAAUAAAGCUCCAGAAAAGCCAUUUGCUGGCAUAAAGGCCUACCAAGCCAUUGGUGGGAGAGGCUAUUUAUCAGAUGUGACCUUCUCCAAGUUCAGUGACCGUUGCUCAACCGGCCGGGACAUGGUGAUAGCUCCAAACUUCCAGAGUGACGAUGGAAACCAUAGGAUGGAGAUCUCCACCCUGACAUUUGUAGAUGUUGAUGAAGAGUCCAAAAUCUUUUACCCAAGAUCCAAUUUGGGGCUGAUAAACCCUUCUGAUUGUGUGGACAUGUCUUGCGAUGCCAAGAUUAAAGCCUUGCUGGUGGACACGGAUGGUAGCUUCCUGGGUCAGGCUGGCUCAGUGAUCCCCCAGUCCGAGUACCAGUGGAAUGGAGACCCCGCCUACAUGUUGGGGGACUACAGGGUGCCCAAGGAAAUGCAGGUGACUCCGGAUGGAGAGAGAAUUUCUAUGGACACUUUGGCACCACACAAAGGGAUCAUUCGAGAUGACACUUGUACCUAUGUGACAGAAUGGCAAGCUUACAAGUGCCCCAGCUUCAAGCACUACACACUGACCAUUGAGAGCAUGGACAAAGAUACAGAGACUCGCCGAAUCUCACCAGUGGCAAUUCUUGGAGAUGGUUACCUUGACCUCAUUAAUGGUCCCCAGGACCAUGGGUGGUGCAGUGGUUAUACCUGUAGAAAAAGGCUCUCAACAUUCCAGUCCAUUGUGGCAUUAAACAAGGAUUAUCUCUUACAUUACACUGGGACCUCCCCUCAGCAGUCACGCUUCAUGAUGCUGGAUGUGAAUGAAAAUGAUUGCAUUCAGCUUUCUAUCUGGUACGCCCAGCCAUGGCGCCUGGAUGUGUAUCAUGAGGACCAGUAUAUUUUACCUGCCAAUGCCAGACAUGUAGGAGACGUCGGCACCAUCGUAUACGACCCUCCUCCAGUAGGGGAACCAGACAAAUUCAAGCCCAGUGCUGCCACCUGUGCUGAUGUAUCCGGGUCAAAUUUCUUUGACAGAGUGGCUGGUGUACUUACUAUCCUGAUUAAGGGUCCAAAGCUGGUCAGAAUCGUGACCAUGGACUCAGUAAUUGUGUCUCUACAGUUCCCUGCCAUGUCCCUGGAGAAGUUCUUUGGGGAAAACAUCAUUAUGAAUAUAGCAGCUUUUCUAGAUAUUGACCCCAAGUUUGUUAGGGUAACAGAUAUCACACGUGAAAUUACAGGGGAUAAACGAAAGAGAAGAGCAGUUGAUGAAAACAUAGUCGGAGCCACUAUAGAAAUCAGCAACCCACCAGGUACUCCUACUGAUGCUGAUAGUCUGACAAAAGAUGACCUGGAGCAAGUCUCUGUUGACCUCAUCAAUGGAAUACAGCUGACCAAUUUCAGUGAAGACAUCAACAUGAAUUCAAACACUUCCUACUCCAUCUCCAGAAAUAUUCCAGAGACAGACAGCCCGGAGUGGCAGCAGAUGACCAGCUCAGAGUCAGGUGGCUACUUGGUGGUGCAGGUGGCUGACCAUAUGAUCUUCCACACUGACCUUGAGCCUCUGCAUGAAGGAGCCCCGUUCAAAAUACAACCCAAGAUUCAAGUGGUGGACCAAACGGGGGAGAUAAUCAAGGUAUUAGGAGCUGAGGAAAAUACAUGGAAAUUAACGGCAACCAUUCGCGAUGGUACAGGAAACCCUGAUGCUGUUCUCCUGGGAACUGAAACUGUCCAGUUUGUCAAUGGUAUGGCGACCUUCACAGAUCUCGCCAUCUCCCACUUUGGCACAGACUACAUUCUAGACUUCACGGUCACAGAGCCAGAUGUUGGAGAGCCAUUUGUGGUGGCAUCCGAGAGGUUCACCCUAGAAGGAAGACCUAUAGUGGCAGUAGUGGAGUCAAAGUCCCCAGUCAUUGUGGAGCGAUCAGCAGCUACUAUAAGACUUGAGUUGAGAGAUGCAGUAACAAACCAAAUCAUUGAUGAUAUUGACUGGAGAGGUCACUCUUGGGAAGUAACGGCCAAAAUUGGAAUGCCAGAGUUAUAUGAUGAAAAUAUCAUGGAUUCCCAAACAGUUACAUUUGAUGUGAACUCAGGGCAGGCUACCUUUGACAAUCUUUUGUUUUAUACUGCUGGGGUGUUUGUUGUACAAUUUAAUAUCACAUCAACUCCAGCAGAUUACAGUAUAGAACUCCAGGAAAUUGUGGUGGUUCGCGGCAUCAGCCAGGAAGACAUGACCACAGAAGUAUCAAAGGAAAUAGGCCUCAAGUUUGAGGCCGACUAUGACAGCAUUGUUGGGACAGCCAACAAUAAAUACUUUGCAGCCAUGGUUCUGAAUUGGGUUGCCAGCACAUACACUGAUGUUAUUCCAGCACCCAAACUUGUAUACAAAGGGAGUAUCAUGGUUACCUUCAACAUGGGAGGCGAUGAGGGAAACAUUACAUCCACCAUCAGCAGUCUAUGUAUGGCCAUUCAGAAUGGCACGCACUUCACUUUCAUUGGUCAAGACCUCACCCUUAGUGGCUACAUGACGGUGGAUGGCAAUAAAUACUACGGUGUCUCCUGUGGAGUGAUAUCAUCUGAUGACGGAACAGACAGCGCCAUGCCAAUCAUAAUCAUUGUGGCAGUGGUCGGAGGACUUCUGAUCAUUGCUGUCAUCAUUCUGAUAACCUGCAUGAUAUACAAGACUAAGGUCUCCCCUCGAGCCAAGACCCACGACUUGGAGCAAGUGCUUCAGAAUGAGAAAUCUUUUAACAGUGUUCGCAGUUACAAACAACAUCCUCCCAACUCUACCACACUGACCGGCGAGAAAAGAAUGGCGGCCGAUUACUGGAAAAUGUGAAGCCUCAGCACAAACACUUGCCAUAUGCCAGUUUCAUAAACAUUAUCAUAUAUUUAUUCAGUCCGUCCAUUCUGAAAAAGCACCUGAGAGAUUUUGAUGAUUCAAAUAUAUGACUCUUCUCUGAUGGUGUGAUGCAGUAUUUUCUUUUUCAUUAUUUUUGGUAGAGAACUUUACUUGUUAGUUUUAUUUCACAUACUUUUUGAUACCAUUUUCAUGUUGACUUUUGCUGUUGAUUUUUAUAUUGUUUUUGUUGACAAUAGAAGGAAUCUGUCCUUAAGAUCCUUUCUUGCUGAUAAAUAGACUAUACAUUUUUCCGUCCAUUGUUUAAUGUUAUUGAAUCGUAUUCUGAUUUCUGAAAUCAAUAAAAUCAAUUGUUACAAUUGU